GGAUGGCAGGAAAAGGGUGCAAUCAGUCCCACUGCCCUUGCAGAUUUACAAGGAAUUUUUCCUGUUAAAUCAAGCUCUGACCUGCAGUCAGCUCUGGACAUUGGUGGUAGUCUUGAAGAAGUAAUAGAUCUACUUUUGGAAUCGGGUCAGUAUUAGGAACCCACAACACCUUAUUUUGUUGUGAAUGUUUAUAAAAAUGUUUUUCCUUGAAGAGGAUGAAAUUUUAGUUGAAUUUCUUAUAAGCAGUCAAAAGCUUGCAACAUUUCAUCUCCUUUGUUUGUAAAAUAAUGGAGCUGUCAAAUUGAGGCCUAGUAGCAUUCAAACUUCACUGAAUGUUUUUUUCCUGACAUGCAGCUUCUUAAGUUGUUGCAUAACAUGCAACAUAAAUAUUUCUCCUAGAUUUAUAAUGGGUCUACUUGAUUGUACAGGUAUGCAAUCAAAAUUAUAUUUUACUGUUUGGGUCAUUAAUAUUUUUUCAUAUGAUUAAUUAUAAGGUUCAAAUGCUGGUGACAGGGAUAGUAGCUCUACUGAAACUGGUAAGCCCAAACUUCAGGUACCUUCAACCUUGAGAGAUUAUUAGAAUGAUAGACGACAUGUAUGGGUAAUAGACUCGUAAUAUCACUGUUUUCUUUUCUUCCAAGUCAAUAUAGUCAAUAGUAUUCACUUUUAUGUCAAUCAGAGAAGUUCCUUAAAAAAAACACAACAACAAUGACCAAAAAUCAAGGAGGAUAAUUUAUUAGAAAAAGGGCAUUCAUUGGAAAGAUUGCCCAAAACGGAAUCAUUGCAGUGUGCAAUGUUAAUUCAAUAUACUAUUGACAGUUAUUGUACAAUUUGUCUCUUUCGUAGGCAAGCCAUCCAUUACCACACAUGCACCCACAGCUGUGGAAAUUAUGCAGUCCUACAGAUGCCAGACAGAGCAAGGCACAGCAUAUAUUGAUGUUAACAGAAUGCAGUUGUCUAUGCUCCGCCAGAUAAUGACAAUUUACAAGAACCCUCAAUUUAACUUAAAGAAACGUGUGAAUGUAAACUUCCACGGAGAGCAAGGUGCUGACUUGGGAGGUCCAACUAAAGAAUUCUUUCACAGUGCCAUUAGUUCCUUGAGUAAAGUUGAUCCUGUAUUCAAUAUGCAGUUGUUUGGUGGUCAAGAGGGACAUCUAAUCCCCUUUUAUGGAGUAGAUGCUGUUUCUUCAGGGUGUUUUCAAGUAGCAGGGAAACUUGUGGCACAUAGUUUGAAGCAUGAUGGCCCAGGAUUGGUAGGCCUAUCUCCUGCUGUAGUUAAAUACCUUAACACUGGUUCCUUGGAGGAGGCUGCGACCCUUGUUACAAUGGAUGAUCUAACCGAUCUUGAGCUCAAGGGACUCCUGGAAGAAAAGGUUAGAUAGGCUACAAUAAAAGUUUUGUUGUUACAAUGCUUAAACUUAUGAAUCUUACUGUAACACUUGCCAUGUAUCAAGCAGCUUGCAAAAUCCAGAUCAAUAUCAGUUUCUGGGCAACUGUGCACCUACCCCUCCCCUAACCCAACACUAACUUAUUAACUUAUUAUAACAUGUUCUCACACAACUUUCAAAUUUCCAUUGCCUCAGUUUCUAGAGGUAUCCAUCACUUUUUCCUUUCUACUACCAGCCUAUUACAAUAUUAAAAUUGGAAAACAUAGUGAUUCCACCCAAUUUUCUUUAAGACUGCCAAUUAUUACAUACUGUACCUAUUUCAAAACAGAUAGAUAGAUAGAUAGAUAGAUAGAUAGAUAGAUAGAUAGAUAGAUAGAUAGAUAGAUAGAUAACUUUAUUUAAACACGGUUAAGGUUCCUUCAGCAUGUACAAAAAAAAAAUCUAAGAUCUAUUAUACCUAACUAAACUAACUCUGAUUAAAAAUAUAUUCAUAUUUUAACUACCUAGCUAUUCACAAAUAAAAGCUGCUUUUCAAGGAUGCCAUGUAAAACUGUAUUAAUGUAUGAUCUCAUUCAAAACUGUUGCGACACAGUUUGCGUUUAAAAUCAUGUAAAGAAUCUGCAGAUCUUAAAUCAUGGGAUAGGCUGUUCCACAGCUUAGCUCCGCUAUAGGAGAAACUUUUCUUUAAAUAAUUGGUACGGGGCAGUGGAAGGACUAAUUUAUUUUCAGUAUUCCUCAAUCGAUAAGAAGUUAUUUCGUCACGAGAUACAAAUUUAGAUGUUAGAUAGUCGGGAGUCAUCCCAUGUACGGUUUUAUACAUCAUAAUAGCCGUCGAUACUUGUCUUUGGUGUUUAAGCUUACGCCAACCCAGUGCCAGGAACAAAUCGUCCACAUUACAAUCAGAAUUAGCGGACAUUAGAAUACGGGCUGCACGAUUUUGGAGCCUCUGCAGCUUAUCGGAAAGACCAAUGCCGCAGUUGCUCCAUACGACAUUACAGUAAUCAAAAUGCGGUUGAAUUAAACUGUCGUAAACAUUAAUUAAUACAUUAAAAGGAAUAAGAUGUCGUAUUCUUUUAAUUGCACCCAAAGCAGAAGCAAUCUUUUUACAAAUACUCUGUAUGUGGCAUUCCCAGCUUAAGUUUUGGUCAAUAUGCACUCCAAGAGAUUUUGCCGUUGACACUUGCAUCACGGGAUGGUCGUUUAUCAUAAAAGAAGGAGUUUCAGAAAGCUUUGAUAGCUUCUGCCUCGACCCAACUAACAUAAACUCAGUUUUAGUCAAGUUAAGGGUCAGUUUGUUAGCCGAUAGCCAUAUAUACACCUUGUUUAAAUCGUCGUUAACGCAGUCAUUUAUGAGUUUUAAAUCUGCGCUGGCAUAGGUUAGGCUGGUGUCAUCGGCAUACAUUCUAGGUUGUGAAAAAUGCAAGCAAUUAGGUAGGUCAUUAAUAUACAGUAAAAACAAUAAAGGUCCAAGAAUUGUUCCCUGGGGAACACCACAUGUAACUAAUUUUGGGUUUGACAUUGAGCAAUUAAUUUGGCAAGUUUGGGUACGAUUGUUUAAAUACGAAGUAAACCAUUCGUGACAGGAACCGCGUAAUCCAUAAUAUUGUAAUUUCGUUAAUAAGAUAUGAUGAUCAACUGUGUCGAAAGCCUUUUUUAAGUCUAAGAAGACAACGGCAUUGACAAGGCCACGAUCAACGUUCACUGCCCAGCUAUCGGUAGCUUCGAGUAAUGCGGUUACAGUAGAAUGUAAAGAACGAAAACCAGAUUGGUAACGGGAUAGAAUACGAUUCUCAGUAAGAUAGUGAUACAACUGGUCGUAGACUACCCGUUCAAAUACUUUGGCCACGACUGGGAUCACCGAUAUUGGUCGAUAAUUGGUGGGAUCAUUUCGUUUACCAGAAUUUUUAUACAAUGGAGUAACCCUAGCCGACUUCCACUCAUCGGGAAAAAUUCCUGUCAACAGUGAUUGAUUAAAUAUUAAAGUAAGAGACUCGGCAAUUAGAUCAGGGCACUCCCUUAAUAAUUUAGCUGAUAUACUAUCUAAUCCAGUGGCCUUUGAUUUACAAAGUUUUGAAAGGAGAGAAUAAAUAUGAGCAGAUGUUAUUUCCUUGAAGACAAACUCCUUAGAAGUUCCACAAAGAAACUCUUUGUAGGUGGUAUCAACAUUCGAAACAUUUCGACUAAGCCUUGGUCCAAUCUCAAUGAAGAAAGUGUUCAACAAUUCAGCAACUUCUGCUUGAUUGCUCGAUUUUAGUCCCUGAUAUUGAAUUUCAUUUAUUAUUGUUUUAUUAGAUUUGCGGGAAGUCAAUUCAUUGAUGGUCUUCCAGGUCUUACGUUGAUCACCGGCAUAAUUAUUAAAAGAAUUAUUAUAAUAGGCCUUUUUAGCAGCCUUGAUUUCCUGAUUUACUUUAUUUUUGACCUUCCGGAAUCGAUUCCAAGAGGACGCAUCCUUAGUUUUAACAGCUUUUUUCUUUAGCCGGUUUCUGAAAUUCAUUCGUUUUUUCAAAUUUGUGGUAAUCCAAGGAGACUUGGUGGGACGGGUGCGUUUAGUUUUCACAGGGGCGUGCUUAUCACAAACACUUAGGAAUAAUUCUUUCCAUUUUUUCCACAUGUCAUUGGGGUCGUACAGUUCUUUGAUAUCGUCCCACGGUUGCGUCGAAACAUCAUUACGGAAAUUAUUGCUGUUGAAGUGUUUAAAUUGUCUAUAGCUGAUCAAAUUGAUUCCUUUAGAAACAGGCGGGAUUGAAAUUUUACGGUACGCGUAAACAAGACUGUGAUCGCUUAUACCCACGUGUGUCACCCCAGAACAGAGAAUAUUGUCUUGGUGACUGGUGAAAAUAAGAUCAAUUAGGGUACUUGUUGAGGGUGUGACUCGAGUAGGCUCGUCGAUUAAUUGUUUUAAGCCAUAAAUAUCGGUAACAUUUAACAGAGCCCUUGCAUAGAUGUUUUCGCUGGACAGCAAAUCGCAAUUCAUAUCACCCAUAAGAUAAUGUUCAACAUUCUCGGAAUCAAGUCUUGCUAACAAGGAGUCAAUAUUCGAGAAAAGGUCUAUAAGUGAAUUUGGCGGUCGGUACCACGAGGUAACAACAAAAGGUUUUGAGUUAGGUUUUAAAAUUUCAAUCGAUAAGAUUUCUAAAAGUUCGUUAUCUAAAUCCUCGCGGACUACGUAAUUUAUAUUCGAACGAAUAUAGAAGCAUACACCCCCACCAAAUCUCCCAUUAACGGUCCUGUCACGACGGAUGACAUCAUAACCCACAAUUUUAACAUCCUGAUCAGAUAUACUCCCGUCGAGUCUCGUCUCAUUAAUAGCUAGUAUAUCAAUGGGUUGACCAUCUAAUACGAUACGAAGUUCAUCUAUAUGUUUCAAUAGACUUGUAAUAUUUAAGCUAGCCAUUUUAAACCCACGACCCUUGGGAAAUAUAAAAUCAGGAUUCGAAUUGCUCCUGGCACUAGUUGUGGUGGUGGAAUUAGGUGUCGCCACAGUUGUUGAAUAGGAGUCUAAUAGGAAUCAUGUCAACGAACAAUAUUAUUUACGAAAUUACUAGCUAAAAUAGCAAUACCUUUUUUGUUAAGGUGCAGUUUGUGAUUGUUCAAACACGUCUCGUCAAUGUUUGGAUGCUCGACAAAGCUCCAACCAUGUUGGUUACAAAAUGUUCUUAAAACUUUAUUACAAUCUGUUAUCUUCUUCUUGAGCGAGUCUUCAUCGAAUCUUUGUGUAAUUGCAGAGAUGGUCAGUUUAGUGUCAGGUGAAUUUGUUGCAAUAACAUUGCCCAACAUUGCAACAAUCUUCUCCGCGACAUUUCGCCCAGAUGAUGAAUUUUUAAGAUCGUUCGUCCCGACGUGAAGAACUAUCGCCUUCGGUUUUGCUUCCAAGCUCGGUUGUAGGUAAUGCUUGAUAUCGGCGGUUGUUGCACCAGGGAAGCUUCUCACAGUUACGGGCCGUUUUGCUGCUCGACUUAAUAAGUCCCUUCCCAAUCCUUUGAUUAUUGAAUCGCCUACAAUGAUUGUUUCUUCAUUUGAUGAAGGGCCACUUUUGUUCUUCUCCAGUGAAGGGCUAUUUUUGUUCUUAGCUUUGAUCUUAUUUGCAUUUCUUUGUUUCCUUUUUCCAACUUGCUCCCAAGGGCCAUCGUUAGCAGAGGUUUUCUCGCUUGCUUCUUGGGGAUUUUGAUUUUUUUCCGUUGACUCUUGGUUGUAGAUAAGACCAUUCAGAUCUUUAGCUAGACAUGUUAGCGCCAGUUUGAGCGAGUCUCGCUCGGCUUGGACGUCCUUGAGCUGGAUUUUUAAAGCCAUGUUUUCAUUUUCCAAUGCUUCGACUUGGCUGGAAUUGGCGGGAAGGUCAGUCGACUGUUUCAGCCGUUCAAAGUUAGAUUUUAGAAGUUCAAUGUCUUUGCAAAUAGAAUUUAGCUUGGUUCGUAUAUCGAAGUCUUCAGAGUCAUCUGAGUUAGAUACUAGCGAGCCGUCGGAGUCUGUCUAUUAAGCCAAUACUGUGUACUUGUGUUGUUACUAAACAGAAUGAACAUUGCUUCACCAUGUCCUUUAGGUUUUAAAAGAACAGGCUAUGCAUCAGGUAGAUGAUGAAGCAAAAGAUAAGGUUGAGGAGUUGCUGGUCCGACAUGGACUAACAGAUGCAGUACCACUGAGUGAUGUUAACAAAGAGAAGGCUAUCAAGGAUCUCCUUGUUGCCGAAGUGUUGGUUACGAGAACAAUUGCCCUUGACUCAUUCUUCCGAGGUCUUAACACACUUGGACUGGGUGAUUUGCUUCGCAAGCAUCCCUCCAUAACUAAAUUUGUAUUUCCCACAAUGGAAGAAGCUUCAGUUGACAUGGACAUACUGAAAAGCAAGUUACUUCAAGGACAUCCCAUCCAUGAAAUUGUUGGUGAAGCUCAAGCACAGGCUUGGGAAUGGUUUCUUGAGUAUGUCGACAACACUAGCUCAAAUGUAGGUGAGUAAUGUGCUUGCACUGUACUAUUCCCAUCUGAGGGUAAAAUCAUUCAGUUCUUUUGUUACAUUUGGAGUUAUGGUUUUGAGACUGAAUUCUAAUCACAAAUGCAGACAGCUGCUAGAUGCUAGAAUGUGAACAUGUGGAAUGUCAAAAUAAGUUUUUAGAAACAUGGACAAGUAUAUCAAGUGACAUGAUUCUCAUGGAAGCAGUGAAACCUCACCAUGUCUGCCUUUACACAUGUACUUGCCAUAUACAUGUAAAUAAGCAGUUUGCCUAAAAAAGUCCCUGGCAGUGUUUUGAACACCUAUAUGGCAUUUCUAAAUAGAAAAACGAGAUAGAAAUGGUCCAGUAGUAAUGCCAUUGACAUUAAGUGAAAAGAGUCAUUUGUAUGUAGCAAUAUUGAUUGAAGUCAAUAUCCACCAUAUCUCAAAGUAAAAGGUUGGAGAGACAUGGCAACAAUUCAAUAUUAAUUUUCUUAUGCACUUUGUUUUGGGGGUUAACUUUGCAGAUGAAAACACGGGAUACCCACUAAGUAACUCACUGGUGAUGUUCAUUACUGGCAGAACAGUUCUUGACCCACAAGAGGAUUUGGAAGUUGCAUUUCAGACUGAUACCAGAAGGAAACUUCUUGAGGCAGACAGUUGUUUUCGUAAAGUGAUACUACCAAUCUCACAUAGUUGCUAUGAGGAGUUCAAGGCAGCAUGCAAUCUUUCGUUACUAUCAGGAGCUGUAGGAUAUGGUAGAUUCUGA